GCUGCUGACUCUCAGAGGGGCAGCAGCCCUUAGGGAACAGACUGACCUAGAAUAGGACUUGGGUUGGGGUGUAGAGGAUGGAACCUGCAGGGAUAGCUAGUGCCAGGAUACCUGGGUUUUUUUCCCCUUAGAAAAAGGGACCAGAUGCCUCAGUUUCCCUAACUCUAAAAUGAGAUGGUUGGAGACCCUUCUAAGAUCCCCUCCAUCUCUGAGUCCUAUACUCUUCUGUUCUUAUUAAAUAUGAGUUCUUGGGACAAGAACUAAUUGACAGCCAGGAUUCCUUCCAGCUCUAAACCCUAUUGAGAGAGCUCUGUGGCAUAGGCUUUUGUUCCUUCGACCCCUGCCUUAACCUUCAUGGGGUGUCCCCAGGUGCUGAGCUCAGCCAGGUAUAAGGCGCUGGGAUGCUACUGUCCCCAUGAUGAUGGUCCUUUUCCUAAGCCAGGUAGCAUGGGCCCCUCUCCACCAGGCUUAGAGAUCCUCUCCCAGCUCCAUGUUCCCUGCCAGUCAAUGAGCCUACUGCUGCUCUUGCUGCUGGGAAACCUGCCCAGCCAAGAUGCUGCUACCGCCAUCCCCAUCAUGACGGAGGACCAGAAUUUCCCCCACCUGGGGGAGAGCUUGCAACCACCACCCCGAGCCUGCCCCCCUCGAUGCUCCUGCCCUCGGGAUGACACCGUGUCUUGUGAUGGCCUUGACCUUGGGCUCUUCCCCAGUAACAUCACCAAAAGUGCCCAGCAUCUCUCCCUACAGAAUAACCAACUCGUGGAGAUUCCCUACAACGAGCUCUCCCGCCUCCGCUACCUCCGGACUCUCAACCUUCACAACAACCAGUUGUCCUCGGAGGGUCUCCCUGAUGAAGCCUUCGAGUCACUGCCUGAUCUUCAAUACAUUUAUCUGGCCAACAACCAGCUUACUGUGGCACCCCAGUUUCUGCCGCGCUCCCUACGCAUCGCUGACCUUGCUGCCAACCAGCUAGUGGAGAUCUACCCACUUACAUUUGGGGAGAAGCCUGAGCUCAGAUCUGUGUAUCUCCAUGACAACCAGCUGACCAACACGGGCCUCCCCUUUGAUGCCUUCCGAGGUUCUGAGGCCAUCACCACCCUGAUCCUCUCCAGCAACCAGCUUAGCUACCUCCCACCCAGCUUACCCUCUUCGCUGAUUCGCCUCCACCUGCAGAACAACCGAAUUGCCAAGGUUCCCCGAGGGGCCCUGGGCCGACACGUCCAGCUGCGCGAGCUCUACCUGCAGCACAACCGGCUCUCUGAUGCUGGCCUUGAUGCUACCACCUUCAGCAAACUCAAGAGCCUGGAGUACUUAGACCUGUCCAACAACAGGUUGGGUGAGGUGCCGGAGGGGUUACCACCAAGCCUGGUCAUUCUGCACUUGGGCAGGAACCAGAUUUGCCAUGUGCCGGCAGGAAGGCUUAGUGGGGCCCGGGGUCUGCAGUAUUUGUUACUACAGCACAACCCGCUGGGGCCUGGAGGACUGGACCUGGCUGCCUUCCAGGGUCUUCGGGGCCUGCAUACGUUGCACCUUUACGCCAGUGGGUUGGAACAGGUGCCAGCAGGCCUGCCCCGCCGCCUCCAUGCCCUCAUGCUGCCCCACAACCGCAUCAGUGAGCUGGGGCCUCGUGCCUUUGUGGCCACACCCUCUCUGGUUGACCUCAAUCUGGCCCACAACCAACUCACUAGCGCACACCUCCACCACCUGGCAUUCUGCCGCCUGGGGCAUCUGCAGACCCUUGACCUAGCAGGAAACCGCCUUACCCUGCUGCCGCAGGGCCUGCCUGGCAGCCUGCAGGUGCUCAGGCUGCCCAGGAAUCAGCUCAACACCCUGGACCCCGAGCCCAUGACCAACUUGAGCAUGCUUCAGGAGUUACACCUGGGACACAACAGGCUCCGUGUGGGUUCUAUCAUGCCUGGGACCUGGCAGGAGGUCCCCAGCCUCAAGCUCCUGGAUCUCAGCCACAAUGAGCUGUCUUUUGUGCCCCCGGAUCUUCCCGAAGCCCUGGAAUUCCUGUACCUUCAGGGGAACCGCAUCAGCAGCGUGGGUGCCCAAGCCUUCCUCACAACACCCCGCCUCCGAGCCCUGGUCCUCAGAUCCAACCAGCUGAUGAUGACCAGUAUCUCCCCGGAGGCCUUUCUGGAUCUGCUGCAUUUAGAGGUGGUUGAUACAACAGGAAACCCUGAGCCAAUCAUCGUCAGGAUGCCCAAACGGCCUAAAAGGCCCCAAAGGCCCCAGGCCCACUGAGCCGAGUUGGCUGUCCUAUCCUCCCACAGGGACCCCCAGAGCUCCUGUGCUUCCCCCCUCUGGUGACUCAGCAGCCUGUCUCAGAGGUUGCCUCGGGCAUUCCAGGGCCAAUGCUCGAUAUCUCUGGGAGCUUGUCAGUGGGGUGGGGUGGACUGGGGGCCAGGCACCAAGCUGGCUUUGGAGAACACAAGGUGCAUUCCCACUUUCUGAAGGCUGGAUUUUAUAGAUGGGGUUGUGCCCUGAGGCCUUGGCCUGGGAAUCCUGGGCCAAGGGUAUAAGAACAAGCAAACUCCUGGCAGUGACUGAUAAAGGUGGGGGUAUCUAAUUCAGUUCAUGGAAGGGCAGUGCAAUCUACAUGCCAUCACAGAUCCCCAACCUCAGCCAGGCACCCAGGGACACCCCCUUCUGUUGGCAUGUUUGAGUCACAGCCAAGAUGCCACUCCUCCGUACUCAGUCCAAAUUAAGCUUCUCUUAGCAGCAGGGAGGGAAGCCUGGGCACAGCCCAGAAAGGCUCCUGGCUAGGACAGAGGUUGAGGCAAAGAGCCACAGAGGAUGAAACAAAGGACCGAGACCUGCUGUGUGCAA